AACUGGCGUGCAUGGAGUCGGGGCCGGCGCAGAGGAGCGGGAGGGCGAUGGGAGACGCCGCUCCGGCGGGAUAGAGGGGCGGAGACCGGGGGAACCCCCGGGGCCCGGCCCGCCCGGGGCUCGCCGCGGGCCCGCACCGAUGCUCGUGCACAGCUACCCGGGCAUGGACCGCACCGAGGGGCUGCCCGGGGCACCGGCCGGGGCUCGGCUGCCGCAGCUGCCCUCGCUCAACCAAGCUCCCUACGGGUCAGCGCCGCCGCUGUGCCACACGCCCGCCGCAGACUUCCAGCCGCCCUAUUUCCCUCCACCGUACCCGCAGCCGCCGCUGCCCUACCCGCAGGGCCAGGACCCCGCGUACCCGCACCUGGGGGACCCGUACGCGGCUCUCAGCCCGCUGCACCAGCACCAGCAGCCCGGUUGGCCCCCGCAGCGGGGCCGGCAGGAGGAGCCGGGGCUGCUCUCGCAAACCCACCGAGCUUUGGGGCUCGACCCCCGCCGCGACUACCCCGCCGUGCCCCGCCUGCUCCACGGGCUCCCCGACGGCGGGCACGGGCUCCCCGACGGCCCCCUGGGGCUCCACGGCCUCGGUCACCACGGCCUCGACGACAUCCAGGCGGUGGAUGACGGCGGGAUGAACCUGCUCGAUCAGUCCGUGAUCAAGAAAGGCUGGCUCAGGUGCUCCGAUCACCUGCUGCUUGCGGGAACAGGAAAGCAGCAACUGAAGAUCGAGGGGGACUUUUGGUUUACUCAGAUGACAAGAGACAAUUUUGGUUCCCCAAAAGCCAAGGAAACAAAGCUGUCAGGCUUUAAUGGUAGCUUGUCUCCCUCCUGCAGCAUGUUUAUGGGCAAACAAGCUGCAGAUCAGACCAGGCAAACAGCAGCAGUGCCCAUCCCCACCAAGGCCAACGGCACCACCAUUCCCACCCUGUCCAUGAACAAAGACGGCCUGAUCGGAGGGGUGACAAAUCCCAACGAGGUCUUCUGCUCCGUGCCCGGACGCCUCUCCCUCCUCAGUUCCACCUCCAAGUACAAGGUGACCGUCGGGGAGGUGCAGAGGAGGCUGUCGCCCCCCGAGUGUCUCAACGCCUCUCUCCUCGGAGGAGUCCUCCGCAGAGCAAAAUCAAAAAACGGGGGCCGGUGUUUAAGGGAAAGGUUAGAGAAAAUUGGAUUGAAUCUACCCGCAGGAAGGCGCAAAGCGGCCAACGUCACCCUGCUGACAUCCCUCGUGGAAGGUGAAGCCGUACACCUGGCUCGGGAUUUUGGGUACGUGUGUGAAACAGAGUUCCCGGCCAAGGCGGCGGCAGAGUACCUGUGCCGACAGCACUCCGACCCCACGGAGCUCCACACCAGGAAAAACAUGCUGCUGGCUACCAAGCAAAUUUGUAAAGAGUUUGCAGACUUGAUAGCCCAGGAUCGCUCGCCGCUGGGGAACAGCCGCCCUUCCCUCAUCUUAGAGCCCGGCGUCCAGAGCUGUUUGACUCAUUUCAGCUUGAUAACCCACGGCUUUGGGGGCCCGGCCAUCUGUGCGGCGCUCACAGCCUUCCAGAACUACCUGGUGGAGUCCCUCAAGGGGCUGGAUAAAAUGUUCAUGAACAGCACAGGGAACGGGCACACGGCCGGAGACUCCAAAGCAUCAGAAAAAGAAGUGAAGCAUCGGAAAUAACGCCCUGUCUGCUUCCCACUUCCCCGGUGGGAGCGUUCCCCCAGUGGCGGUAGCACUGGGAGGGAAUGCUGAUCCGGUGAUCUGUUUGCUGAACUGCUACGUUUGACCUUGGGAUGAAACUUGUACGGCAAACAAAGAACGAGACGAAAAAGAAGAUUUAAGGAAUUAAAGAAGCAAACAGCUCCAAUGGACGUAGGGAGGAAAAGGAGCCACGGUGAUGGCUUUGGGGUUUUGCCUUUUGUUUUUGUUUUAAGUCGUGGAUGCAGGAAGCCAAGUCAUGUGCAAUUUUAUUUAGGUUUGUUUUUUUUUUUUCAAAGCCCGUAGUGAAAUCCUGACGAGCUCUGGGAAUUUGUUUCAAUCGAAAAACUGAGAAGAAAGAAGAAAAGCUUCAUCGGUGCAAGAACGAGAGGCAGGAGCUCGAUCUCUGGCUGCUCCUGGAUUUAUCAGCUGGCUGUGGGCUGAUAACCUUCUCGUUUCCCCAUCUCCAGCCCGGUCCUAAAGCCGGGACAAGAGAAAAUCGCCAGCGGAACUGCUUGGGAUUUAAAGCAGUUUCAGACUUCGUUUACAGUUUUCAAACCAAGAUUCCACGUGGAGCCCUGAGCCGCACCACCAUGAGCGGAACGAACCGCACACCCGUUGGUUCCCAGGGUAGGAAGGAGCCAGGAGAGCCUUCCCGGCGGCUCUGGGCGCAGCUGGGGAUCGAGCAGGUUGAGUUAAACCCGGGACUAACUAAAACUCCACAACCUACAACUAACAGCACACAAGUUUCUAAAAGUAAUAAUAAUAAUAAUUAAUAAAGCACAAGAAGCAGAACUUGAACCAGGCCAAACUGAACUGUUCUAAAUCUGUAUAUAUUUAUUUAUGUGUAAUUAAAAUCUGAAAGUUUUAAAAUGUCCAGUGCAAGUUAUUUAUAUAAAAUUGAGUUGGGUUUUUUUUUGUUUGUUUGUUUUGCCUUUUUUUUUUUUUUCCAUUUUUGGGGGUUUUUGGAAAGAUGAAAGUCUUUGGAUUCUCCGCCAUUAGAAAUGGGAAUGAAGUUUUGGAUACACAAAACCGUAGCAUGGACACGAUAGGUUGUGAUGAUAAUGACUAUAGAAGUUCCGCAGGAUUUUGUACUCGCUGUUGUUUCUCUUAAUGCUGCAAUAGAUGUACAACACCCACACCGCGAUGUCAUUCUCAUGAUCUUAAUAAACCUCUUUUUAUUUGAAGAAAGCACCUCC